ACUACCUCAAAACUUGUCUUCUUUUGUCAAUAAUCUUUAUGAUCCUUCGAAUAGUUCAACCGCUCUCCUUCAACAUAACUAACUUUAGCAACCCUGAAAGCGCAAGCCGCAUCCAAUACACAGGCGUAGCCAAAAUUGAGAACGGAUCCAUAGUUCUCAAUCCACUCAUCAACAAUGGAGUUGGACGAGCCAUCUAUGGCCAACCUUUGCGCUUGAAAAACUCUUCUAAAGGAAAUGUCACUGACUUUUCUACUCGUUUUUCAUUCACAAUUGAUGCGCGGAAUAAAACCAACUAUGGUGAUGGCCUUGCUUUCUACAUGGCACCACUUGCCUUUGACUAUCAGACUCCACCCAAUUCAUCUGACGGUUUCCGUCUCGGCUUAUACGGUGGCAGCCAAGAUAACAUCGUUGCUGUCGAAUUCGACACUUGCGUAAACGAGUUUGACCCACCCAUGCAGCACGUAGGGAUCAACAAUAACUCUGUUGCAUCCCUCGAAUAUAAGAAGUUUGAUAUUGAGAGCAACAUAGGGAAAAUGGGGCAUGCGUUGAUAACUUACAAUGCUUCUGCCAAACUCCUUGCUGUCUCGUGGUUCUUUGAGGGAACAAGUUCUGGUUUUACGCCUAAUGAUUCUCUCUCACACCAGAUUGACCUCAUGGAAAUUCUACCAAAGUGGGUCACUGUUGGGUUUUCGGGAGCAACCGGGUCAUCCAAAGAGGAAAAUGUUAUCCAUUCCUGGGAAUUCAGUCCAAAUCUAGAUCUAAAUUCCACUAAUCAAGAGGCAAACAAUGAGAAUUUCAUCAUAAUUACCAAAUACAAGGUUCAGGUCAAAGUAGUAGUUGUUGCAGUGAUAUGUUCUAAUAUUGUUGUGCUCGUGGUUAUUAGUAUAAUUACUUGGUUGAUUAUCAAGAAGAGAAGAACCGAGGAUGGUUUUGAUUUGGAUAAAUUAGCGUUUAUGCCUAGAAGGUUUGGUUAUAAGGAAUUAGUUGCAGCCACGAACGGGUUUGCAGAUGAUAGAAGGCUCGGAGAAGGAGGCUAUGGACAAGUCUACAAAGGGUUUCUGAGUGAUUUAGGGCGGGUGGUUGCGGUGAAAAGGAUUUUUUCUGAUGUUGAAGACUCCGAGGAAAUAUUUGCAAACGAGGUGAAGAUUAUAAGUCGUCUUAUACAUAGAAACCUUGUGCAAUUCAUAGGGUGGUGCCACGAGCGAGGGGAGUCAUUGCUGGUUUUCGAGUACAUGACUAAUGGAAGUCUUGACACUCAUAUUUUCGGCGACAACAGCAGAAGAACUUUGACAUGGGGAGUGAGAUACAAGAUAGCGUUAGGUGUGGCUAGGGCACUUCGUUAUCUUCACGAAGAUGCGGAGCAGUGUGUUCUUCAUAGGGAUAUAAAGUCAGCUAAUGUUUUGUUAGACGCAGAUUUCAAUACUAAGAUUAGUGACUUUGGGAUAGCGAAGUUGGUGGAUCCAAGAUUGAGGACUCAGAAGACAAGGGUGGUGGGGACAUAUGGGUACCUGGCUCCGGAAUAUAUAAACCAAGGAAGGGUUAGUAAGGAAUCUGACAUGUACGGUUUUGGGGUGGUUGUGUUGGAGAUAGCAAGUGGAAGGAAGACUUAUAACCAUGAUGUGCCUUUGGUGAAUAGGGUAUGGAAACAUUAUGUGGAAGGGAAUAUUUUGAAUGUUGCUGAUAAGGAUUUGAAGAUGGAUUUUGAUGCCGUUGAAAUGACAUGCUUGCUCACUGUAGGACUAUGGUGUACCCUCCAAGACCACAAGAAAAGGCCAAAGGCAGAACAAGUUAUUAAUGUUCUUAAGCAAGAAGUGCCAUUGCCAAAUAUAGAUCGUGUUUGACAGUUUUAUGUAUGUGUGUGCUUUAUUUAUAGAUCAUGUUUUCAUGUAAAUAUAGUUACUGAA